CAAUCACAAGCGACCGUCGCAGGUCUCGAUCCAUCCAUUCCAUCCUCACUGCCAACCCAGCGCGGCCAUGGCGGCAGCAGUAGCAGCAGCAGAGAGCGCCCCGUCGACAGCCCCGUCCUGCCUCCACGGCGGCCACGCGUCCCAGCGGUGCUGCGGCGGCGGCGGGUGCGGGCUCGGGCGGCUGGUGCGCCGGCUCCGGCGGCAGGGCAGGCAGGCGCUGUGCGCGGCGGCCAGGCCGACCUCGUCGUCGGCGCUCCGCGGGUGCCAGCAGUACGACCCGCUCAGCUACGCGCGCAACUUCGACUCCGACGGCGCCGACGCCGACGCGGCCAGCCUCUACUACAGCUACACCUUCUCCUCCCGCUUCGUGCUCCCUCCGCCGUCCGCCGCCGCCGGCGCACCCACCGUCCUCGUCACGGCCCGGCCAACCGCCGCCAGCCAUUAGCCCCGCUAAUUUCCGCUGUUUCGCCGCCCUUACUUGUUGGGUUCUUUCCCUUUCCUCCUCAACCUCUGGAAGCUGGAAAGGCAACUUCUUUUUUGUCAAAAAAAAAGGAAACACUUUCCGGUUGAGAGGGGAGGGGAAAGGGAAAUCAAGAAUCCAAGAUGAUUGUAAAUUAAGAUGGGAAGAAGUUCAUUGUUCGGUCGAUCUGACU